AUGCAUCGCACGUUCGUGGAGAUCAACGGAAGAGCCCCGCGACGAAACGAAAUACCCAAACCCGCAGACCAUUUCGACCUGAUCGUGGGAACUGGCACCGGCGGCCUGAUCGCGCUGAUGCUGGGCCGCUUACGGCUGGAUUUGGAGACUUGCAAGGAGCUCUACGUACGGAUGACUCGCAUGGUGUUCGAGACCGAUAAGACCAUACUGGGCAUUCCGACAAGAUCCACCCUGUUCAAGGCAUCCAAGCUGGAGGAGGCUAUCCGAGAGGCUGUCAGGGAACACACCAGGGACGAGGACGAGGGCAACGAUGGCUCAGCACCCGAAGUCUUCAGCCCUCUGAGCACCGUGUCCCGUUCAAGCGCUGCACAAACUCCGAGAAGACAUUCGAGCAACGCGAGUGUGGUGAGCUUCAGCGCGAGAAGCCCAACAGCGCAGAUGGCUAGGCCGGCCUUUAGCGGGAGAGGAGGAGACCCGAAUGCACGACUUUACGACUCGCGGGAGAAAAGAACUAAAACUGUUGUAACUGCUGUUUACAAAGGCGCGCCAAAGAACGCCCCUGCCGUUAUGUUAAGGUCCUAUGAUUCAAGGAGAGAGCCGGCGCCGGAAUAUGACUGCAAAAUCUGGCAGGCUGGCAGAGCAACAUGUUCUAUCGGACUUGCAUUCAAAUCGGUUACCGUUGGGCAAUCCGUCUUUCAUGACGAUGGAGACGGGCGGUUCAACCCUUCUCCUGAAGCGUUGGACGAGGCUGUCGUGAACGAAUGGCCUGGACGUGAAGUGGGCGUCUUCCUUAGUGUUGGAACGGGAAAGCGACCGAAAGGAAGCGAUCAAAACUCAGCUAUGUGGUACGAGGGCUUCCUGGGCGAGUUUGCUGAGGCGAAGAGGAGGCUCAUCUCCAAGAUUGAAGGAUGUGAGCGAACUCAUGAGUACAUGAAGAAAGAACACCUGGUCAAGCGUGGUGUCAAUAUCGAGAACUAUUACAGGUUCAACGUCGAAGUCGGUCACAUCGACGAGGAUGUACCUAUCGCGAGGAUCUGA